AUGUCAGACUUUGAUAUCCCAGCUAGACCCAACAAUGUUGGUAUCCUUGGUAUGGAAAUGUACUUUCCAAAAAGAUGUAUCUCUGAAGAUGCUCUUGAGGACUUUGACGGGGUAUCGAAAGGAAAAUACACCAUUGGUUUAGGACAAAAGUUCAUGGCUUUCACUGAUGACAAGGAGGACAUAAACUCCGUUGCUUUGAGCGUCGUUUCAUCCCUAUUACAGAAAUACAACGUCGACCCCACAUCGAUUGGUCGAUUAGAUGUCGGUACCGAAACUCUCAUUGACAAAUCCAAAGCCACCAAAACUCUUUUGAUGAAUCUCUUUGCUCCCUCCGGUAACACCGAUAUCGAAGGAAUUGAUUCCAAGAACGCAUGUUACGGUUCCACCGCCGCUCUGUUCAACUGCAUCAACUGGAUACAAUCCGAAUCAUGGGAUGGAAGGAACGCUAUCGUCAUGUGCGGUGAUAUCGCUAUCUACAAGGAAGGUUCUGCUAGACCUGUGGGAGGAAUGGGCGCCUGCGCUUUGUUGAUUGGUCCUGACGCUCCUUUGGUCAUUGAACAUAUAGCAAUUCACGGUACUCACAUUGCCAACACUUGGGAUUUCUAUAAACCAGAUCUCUCCGCUGAAUACCCCACCGUUGACGGUCCUUGGACCAUUGCCGCUUAUCUCGGUGCCCUCGAUGCUGCUUAUACCACCUACCUUGACAAAGCUCAAAGAUCUCGAGCUCGAGCCGCCAAGAAACUUUCCCUUGCUUCCGUAUCCGCUGCCGUCUCCGAGAUCGCUGGUGCAGCUACCAAAUUCGUCAACGGACUGAACGGCGAUGCAACCAACGGUACUAAUGGUCAUGUCGAGAAAAACGGAGAUGCUAAAGCUGAUGGUAUCUCUCAAUUUGACUACGUUUGCUUACACAGUCCUUACGGAAAGCUCGUGCAGAAAGGUCACGCAAGGAUGUUCUAUAACGAUUACAUCCGAAACCCCACAUCACCCAAAUUCGCCAACGUACCUGAAACCGUAUCAGUGGAGAGAACAAAGACUUAUACCGACAAAGUGGUGGAGAAAACCUUUGUUGGAGUCGCCGCUGAACAUUACAAAUCGGCUAUCGUCCCCGGUUCAGACUGUGUAGCUCGAUGCGGUAACAUGUACACUGCUUCUCUAUACGGUGCUUUGGCCAGUGUUAUCGCUAGCGCACCAGAGGGCCUUGAGGCCGGCAAACGAAUAGGGAUGUACGCUUUCGGUUCCGGCUGUGCCGCUUCCUUCUAUGCUUUGAGAGUUGUCGGAUCUACCAAAGAAAUUGCCGAGAAGAUGCAAGUCAAAGAGAGACUUGCUGCUAUGGAUGUAAGACCUUGUGAGGAAUAUGUAACUGCCAUGAAGUUACGAGAGGAGAACCACAACGCUGUCAAGUACGCCCCUCAAGGCUCACUCGACAACAUCUGGCCUGGUGCAUAUUAUCUCGAAGGUGUUGACGAAUUAUACCGAAGGACCUACGCUCAAAAACCUGUCGUUUAG